AUGAACUCUAAUGGAGGAAGGACUCUUAUUCCCUCCAAUCAUCUGAUAAGAAUAAACUUCAUCAUGAUCCAGAACGGCUUGACCUAUCACACCAGCAGCCCUGUGGCUGGACCCAUCACACCAGCAGCCAAGUGGCUGGACCCAUCACACCAGCAGCCCAGUGGCUGGACCCAUCACACCAGCAGCCCUGUGGCUGGACCCAUCACACCAGCAGCCCAGUGGAUGGACCCAUCACACCAGCAGCCAAGUGGCUGGACCCAUCACACCAGCAGCCGAGUGGCUGGACCGAUCACACCAGCAGCCCAGUGGCUGGACCCAUCACACCAACAGCCAAGUGGCUGGACCCAUCACACCAACAGCCCUGUGGAUGGACCCAUCACACCAGCAGCCCUGUGGCUUGACCCAUCACACCAGCAGCCAAGUGGCUGGACCCAUCACACCAGCAGCCGAGUGGCUGGACCCAUCACACCAGCAGCCCUGUGGAUGGACCCAUCACACCAGCAGCCAAGUGGCUGGACCCAUCACACCAGCAGCCGAGUGGCUGGACCGAUCACACCAGCAGCCCAGUGGCUGGACCCAUCACACCAACAGCCAAGUGGCUGGACCCAUCACACCAACAGCCCUGUGGAUGGACCCAUCACACCAGCAGCCCUGUGGCUUGACCCAUCACACCAGCAGCCAAGUGGCUGGACCCAUCACACCAGCAGCCGAGUGGCUGGACCCAUCACACCAGCAGCCCUGUGGAUGGACCCAUCACACCAGCAGCCAAGUGGCUGGACCCAUCACACCAGCAGCCCAGUGGCUGGAUCCAUCACACCAACAGCCAAGUGGCUGGACCCAUCACACCAACAACCCUGUGGCUGGACCCAUCACACCAGCAGCCCUGUGGCUGGACCCAUCACACCGUGCCCGGCUACACAAAGAUAUGAAGGUGAGACAGAAUAA